UAUGCAUGAGCCCAAAGUUGAACAGCUGAUGGGCAAAUUGAGGAGGCUGCAACAAGGUAAAAUAAUCCUGGAAGAGGAAAUCAAGGAGAUCAAAUGCGUCAGUGACUCUUCGCAGAAAGAACUGGCAUCUUUACAAACUGAAGCUUACCAACAGGAAGGAAUCCUUAAAGAAAAAGAAGAGCUGUGCAGGAAGCUUCAGUUUCAGAGUGCGGAGUCUGAGCAGGACUCGGUCAGGCAGUUAAAUCAGAACAGGAAAAGUGAGGAACUUCUGGAACAGUACAGAUGUGAAAUCCAGGAAUUCAAGCUUAAACACCGGAAGCAGCGGAUGAAGUUUGAAAACCAACUUCUUCAUCUGAUAGAGCAGCAUAAGAACCUGCACUCUGUCUUUUCUCUAGAAAGGCUCCCAGAUGAAAUCACAAGUGCAAAGAAUAGAAGAAGUCAGCUGUUGGCAGCCGAACAAAUGAAGUUGGCUCAGCUUCAUCGCCUCCAAGAGGAGCUGGAAGAGAUGGAGGAACACAAGCAGCGAGCGACCACAGCUGCAGAGACUCAGGGGGAGUAAAACGGUGCGAUUAUGGGUAUUUGGAAAGAAUCAGAGGCACCUUGUUUUACUGCCUGUUAGAUGCACUUUUAUUGCUUUGUGUCAGGUAAAAGCCUUAAAUCUAAUAAAUGUCACUUCCUGGGUUUAAUCUAUUCAAGUGUUGCAGGAUCCUGCCAGACCCAUAGUGCAAACACCUACAACUUCAAACUGUUUAUUCCUUGGCUUCUUGAACUUUUUGAUAUGAAUUGUUUGUUUUUUCAGAUUCCACUAUCCUGUAUGUUCAUCUUAUCUAAAUAGUGUGUAUUGAUAUUAUAUAUAAAAGUGUUCAUAUACUAAAGAAAUGUAACGUUUUG